AGACCCGGGGAGCUACACAACGAGGUUGCGCACUCCGUAGAGGAGGGGGGAGCUCAUCGCACACAACGCACCACGCUAUUGAUUUGUUGGGGGCUGCAGUUCAGAGGCUCCAGCAGAGAAGAAAAAAUGUUUGGUUUCCAUAAACCAAAGAUGUACCGGAGUAUAGAGGGUUGCUGUAUCUGCAGAGCAAAGUCUUCCAGCUCUCGUUUCACUGACAGUAAACGUUAUGAAAAAGACUUCCAGAAUUGCUUUGGGCUCCAUGAAGUCCGCUCAGGAGAUAUCUGCAAUGCUGUGUCCUUUUGUGAAAGAUGGAAAAAACUGCCAGCAGGAUCAAAGAAAAACUGGAAUCACGUGGUGGAUGCAAGGGCUGGACCCAGUCUUAAAACAACACUGAAACCAAAGAAAAUGAAAACUCUCUCUGGAAGCAGAAUAAAGAGCAAUCAAAUCAGCAAACUGCAAAAGGAAUUCAAACGGCACAACUCUGAUGCCCACAGCACCACCUCAAGUGCCUCCCCAGCUCAGUCGCCCUGUUACAGUAACCAGUCUGAUGAUGGCUCCGACACUGAGAUAAGCCCUGGAUCCAGCAGAACACCAGUCUUCUCCUUUUUAGAUCUCACAUACUGGAAAAGGCAAAAAGUUUGCUGUGGAAUAAUUUACAAAGGGCGUUUCGGGGAAGUCCUUAUAGACACUCAUCUCUUCAAACCUUGCUGUAGCAAUAAGAAGUCAGCCACUGAGAAGCCUGAACAACAGGGACCCCAAUCUCCAGCCAUCUCCAACCAGGAAGAAUGGUGACUUCCUUGGCUAACUGAAGGAAGGUGUAUACGGAGCCUCUUAUUGUCUGGAAAAUGCUAGAAAGUGACCCUUUGUUCACUAUGGACACCUGCUAUGCUGCCAAAAGACUAUUCCUUAGAACUGUUUUGGUGUUUUUACUGCUACAAUUCCACAAACGCUCAAGCCGGUUUGUAUCUUUUCAGAAAUACUACAUAAUAUUUAAGAUACCAUGGAACACUUAGCAAAGCUGAAUGCUGCUGCAAGGUUGUCUUUAAGGGUUUUUUGUUUCUUUCCCCUACCUACCCCUUCCAUGAACAAACUUUUGAGGGUGGGUUUUCGUGUAUAAUAAAGUGUAUGUAGUUAAUAUUUCUGUACUGAGAGAAGCAGUGGUUGUUUGGCAUUUUUUAAGUUGAUAAACCCCCUCCCCAACCAGAGAAAAUAUUUCAUUUGAUAUGUGUGAUUCAGUGACAUGGACUUAUACAUAGAAGUUUUUAACUCUUUACAAUAUUUUCAUUUGUAUGUAUUUUAAAAGGUGUGGAGAGCUAAACCUGUACUACUGACAUUUUAACCAAGACAAAUAGUUUCAUCAUUCCUGUAUGGCAAGGCCAGGUAAUGGCAGACACCAGUAAUGUGAACAAUGCUAGUGCAAGAAGACCUAAAUGUUAAAUAUUCAAGAAGAGUGGAGAAGGAAGGCACACUCUGUCUAGACACCUGUAGAGACCCUCCCAGUUAAGAACGGAGUACAAGUGACCAGUAAACCAAUAAAUGGCAACCCAAAAGCAAGCACUGGGGCUUGUGCAGUACUGGCAUGUGAUUAGAUUGAGAGAUGAACCAUGGAGGCUGCCUGGGGUCCAGGUUAGGUGUAGAUUCAGGGUUGAAAUUGUUGAAUUCUCACAGGAUGAGCUCAUAAAUUUUCUGCCAUUUCUAGGCCCCUUCCUGGUUUUGAACAUGACCCAGAACAAAACCAUAGUGUGGGGGGGCCAGCAUUCUGUCCCAGGAAUUGAAACCGAACAAUCCAAGCAUGAAAUUCAAUGGAGUUACGAUUCCUGUAAUGGACCCUUCCAGUCUUGUGAACUUUACGCAUGUUUAUACUGCAAUCCCAGGGCGUGAUUUAAUCCAGCUAGCUCUGCUACCAGAGCAGUGAAGUUGUGGCAGCAUGACUCCACAGGGCUGUCCAACUGAGUAACUACCAAGGAUCCUGGGCAGCCUUGUACAGCCCUCACUGAAGCCCAUGCUGCCAUGGCGACACUGCUAUUGGUACCCGAGUUAGCUAGAGCAAAGCUAGCUGGGUACAUCCAUGAGCUGCAGUCACACCCUGCGUGUAUGUUGUUGGCAAAACAAAUCCUAUGAAAAUGCCUGGUAAAAACUUGUGUGCAAAUGAUUGUGGCAUUCCUUUAUGCUCCGGCUUUGUCUUUAGGGUAAAAACAGCUUUCUCAAUGAGUGUGCUGCAGUUUUAGCUCCUGGUUGUUUCAUGUUACCUUUAUGAAGAUUUAACUUACACAAUGUGGGAAGUGGACACUUUUUACUUUAAUUGGGGAUAUUCUGCAAUGGGCUGCUAGAAACUUGAGUUUUCUUCUGUUUGUCUUUACUAUUAAAUUUUGGUGGGAAGACUGAGGGUUGGUUUGUAGGCAAAUUUCAAUGCAAGCUCACUUUCUGAAAGGCAAACAUUCAGGGGAUGAAAAGAGAGCUACAGAAAGAUAUUUUUCCCCCCAUCCUCCCUCACCCUCAAAGCAGAAAGUUAGUGUUGAGUUUUGGUUUCUUGUUUUUCCCUUCUAUUAAAUAAAUAAAAUUUCUUAGUGGGAUGUCAGGGAAAAUGGAGAUUUGUUUUAGUCCCCUCUUUGUUUUUUUUGUUUUGUUUGUUUACAAAAAAACACAUUGACUAAAUUCUAAAGGGAGGAUAAAACUACGUAGUGUACCUUCACCUGCAAUCAAAUGGAUAGUUAGAAUGGCUGCUUUGCUAAGUCUGUCUCCAAUGACUCAUGCAAGAGUCUCAGCCAGCUGUAUCUACACACCAACUUACAUCUGAGUUAGUCUCAAUGAUUUUCUAUACUUAUGGCUGCAGUACUGGUGGUAGGAUGUGCUAUAAUGUGGAUCAUCUCUACUUCUGUAUUUAUUUAUUUAUUGCUAGACUUCAACCAUAGACUGCUUCCCCUCCUCCUCCCAUCUCUUCCUUUCCCUGUAGUAAUGCAAGAUGAACUGUCUGUAGUCAUGCACUUUGUAUUAAUGUAUUAGAAAUCUAUGGAACCUGUUUUUGUACUUUUUUAUACUGUCCAUACACUUGUAAUCCAAACUUUUUUUUUUACUAGGGUAAUGAAUAAAUUUAGACU